AUGGAUGCUAACGUCUAUUACAGAGAUCAAUCAAUUGCACUAUAACACUUCAAAGACUAUAUAUACACCUUAGCUUUAUUAAGAGAGAGUCAUAUGGCAAGUGUCAAGAUAUGGGUUUGUCUCGUUUUGCUUCUACUACUCGAACUGACCCCAGUGCACCAAUGUCGAUCUUUGGUCGCAGAAGAGCGACUUUCCGGUUCAAGUCGUCUGAUGAAGAUUAGAAGAGAGCUUUCUGAGAGGCUAAAAGAGCUGAAUGCUAGAUUAGAAGGUGAAGGCGUGGUCCUUGGCAAUACUCUUGACUCGAAGCGGCUCAGCCCCGGUGGUCCUGACCCAAGGCAUCACUAACGAAGGAGGAGACAAAACAAUUCUGCAUGCA